GACCAGUGCCCGGCGCCGGGGGGACGGUCGGGACGGGGCCGUCGCGGCUGCCGGGUCGGACGUGGCCGGGCGGUCCCCUGGAGGAGCGGGCAGCAUGGAGCUGCGGCCCGGGAGGGCGCACGCCCCGUCGGAGGCGGAGAUCGGCGGGACCGGGACCGGGAGGACACGUGGCCGGUUCCCGGCCCCAAAGGCAAGUGCAGGGGGCUCCGGCCGGGGCCCCCUUGGCGGGAAAAGUGCUGGGGGGGUCCUGUCAGGGGGCGGAGGGCGGAGGGCCCAAGUGGGGGGUGGGAAGGCCUCCCAGGGACCGCGGGUGGUGGAUGGGGAGGGCAUAGGGGUCAUAGGUGGGGGGAGUAGUGGUAGGGGUGGGGGGGCUGUGGGUGAGGAGGGACUGCUGGGCUCCCCCAGUAGGGGAAAGGGGGCCUCCUUGGGCUCUGGGGCUAGGCCGGUGCGGGUAGGGUCGGGUAGGCCUGGUUUAGGGGUUGGGGGGGCCAGUCUGGUUGAGGGGGGUCUAGGUCCCCUUAGUCUGGGAGCCAGUUCAGGUGGGGGGUCGGGCUCUAGCCGGAGGGGUGAGCGUUUGGGGGUGCAGGGUAGUAGGGGGGGGGGGUCCGGUUCAGGGUCCUGUAGUGGUAGUCCCUCUCCGGUUCGGGAAGUAGAGCCACGGGGGAAGAGGGGGAGGAGGGGGAGGUCCCGGCAGCGCCGCUCUAGGUCAGGGAGCUCGGGAGAGAGCGGGUCUAGCGUCCCCAGGGGUGGUCGGCGGGGACGUAUGCCCGGGGAAAACAGGAGGAGCCGUAGCCCUAGGGGCUCCCGCGCGCGGCGUGUACAGGGGGCACAGCGGGAGGCUUUGGCAAUGGGCAGGCGCUCCCAGGGUCGAGACGGGGGGGGAUGCGAAUACUCAGUGCACCCUACCCAGGACUUCUUCUCCUCUUUCCAGGUCACGGAGCUGUUCCAUAUCGACACGGGCAAGGCACCGGUUUGGCUCCCCGGUUGGCGAGGUAUCGGCGGGAGUCGCUCUCCCUGGACAUCGGGCAGUCGACGACGCAGCCCCUGCCGCGUCAGUUGCAGGGGGCUUGGCCGGUGAGUCUUGUGGGUCACUACACUCCAGUUCCUUGGUUAGCACACUGCAAGCACUGCUCCACUCGCUGGGGGCGGGGGGUGACACGGGGGGUGGCGUUGGUCGGGUUUGGGCCCCGGGGACGGAGGUCCCUGGUCCUAGUGGGGCUUAGUUCGGGCGGGGACGUGGGGGUGGCGCCCGAGGCGAUGGCGGCCGGGGGUGACAAGGCGGAACUGGCCGGGGGUAUUCCGGAUGCAGCCAGGCAGCACGCAUACGUCUCGUUUGCGGGCCCCCUGGGGGUUCAUCUGAAACAGGACGUGAAAGAGAAGCUCUGGAAAGGUGAGUUCUGCGAGAUCUUCUCCCUGCUCCCCUUGGAGGACUUUAUUGACCUCAAGGAGGAGGAUAAAAAGGAUGAAAAGAAGGAGGAGGAGGAGAAGAGGAAGCGGUAUCGCAAGAUUCCGAAAUCCUUUGGCAACUGGUUACGGGCGUUUUGCGUGCUAGCCAGCGUGCUGGGGGAAAAAUCGCCGGGAUUAUGCUCGUCCCUGUUCUGCUACCUGGACGGCAUUUGGGAAGCAUAUCGCACCUAUGGGGGGCUGGCAUGGUGGCGAUACGAUGAACAGUUUAGGCAGCGACUGGCGGCUAACCCGGGGAUGAGGUGGGAUCAGAUGGAUCUGCCCCUCUGGAUGAAGCUAAUGAUGGCCCAGAAGGCGCAGCCCUUUCCAAACUCGGCCGGCGCGAAGGGGCAGUCCGCCUCGUCGGCCGCUUUGCAAAAGGGCUUCUGCUGGCUCUACAAUGAGGGCCAGUGCAAAUGGGGAAACGCGUGUCGAUUUAAGCAUGAGUGCUCCGGUUGCGGGGGUGCUCAUGGGCUCAAUCGCUGUUUCAAAAAAGGGAAGGCGGGAACAGCCGGAGCGGCUGCCGGGGCCGGAGGGAAUGCUUCCCCUGCCCCGGGGCUUCACGCCGGUGAGGCUAGACGCGAUGGAGCCGUGGCUAAGCCGCUACGGUAACAGGACUGAUGCCUCGGUACUUAGGGAAGGCUUCGGGCGGGGUUUCUUUAUUCCCUUCCGGGAGCGGGGGGUUCGGGGGGGUUGCGCAACCUGAAGUCGGUGGCGGAUUUCCCGGGGGUGGUACGGGAGAAACUAGACAAGGAGGUUGCGCUGGGGCGGAUGGCGGGCCCGUUUGCGGUGCCCCCAUUGGAGGACCUACGGGUUUCCCCUCUUGGGGUGGUGCCAAAGAAGGAGCCGGGGAAAUUCCGGCUCAUUCACCACCUCUCCUACCCAAAAGGGGAGUCGGUGAAUGACGGUAUUGAUAAGGACCUAUGCUCGGUCUCGUAUGCAUCAUUCGACCGGGCGGUCGAGCUGGUUAAACGGGCCGGGCAUGGGGCACUUAUGGCAAAAGUGGAUAUUGAGGCGGCGUUUCGGCUGCUGCCAGUCCACCCGGACUGCCACCACCUGUUGGGAUGUUUUUCGAGGGAAAAUAUUUCGUGGACUUGUGCAUCCCUAUGGGCUGUUCUAUUUCAUGCUCCUAUUUCGAGAAAUUUAGUACUUUUCUCGAAUGGGUGGUGCGGGUCGAGGCGGGGAACCGUUCGGUGGUGCACUACCUGGACGAUUUCUUUUGCGUGGGGCCGGCUGCCUCCUCGGCAUGCCAGCAACUGCUUAGGACCGUGGAAUGGGUGGCGGGCCACUUUGGGGUGCCGCUGGCAGCGGAUAAGACGGAGGGCCCGACGACGUGCCUUAGUUUCUUGGGGUUAGAAAUAGAUUCUAUCUUGGGUGAAUGCCGACUGCCUCGGGACAAGUUGGAGGGGCUCAAGGGGGCGGUAGCUGCGGUGACCGUUGCGCGCAAAGUUACGCUGCGGCAACUGCAGUCGCUAAUAGGGAUGCUGAACUUUGCAUGCCGUGUAAUUCCUAUGGGGAGGGUUUUCAGCCGCAGCCUGGCGGCUGCUACGGCAGGAGUUCGAUCCCCGCAUCAUUUCAUACGGGUGUCAGCAACCAUGAGGGCUGAUUUGGGCGUGUGGGAUGCCUUCCUGCAGGAGUUCAACGGGACGGUGUUUUUCAGGCGGGCGGGUAAGUCGGCGGCGGAGUUGGAGCUCUUCACGGAUGCUUCGGGUAGUGUGGGCUUCGGGGCCUACUUUGGCGGGAGAUGGUGCGCGGAGCGGUGGCCGGAGGCAUGGGGGUCUAGCCCAGUCAUGCGCAACCUGGCUUUUCUGGAAUUAUUCCCGUUGGUCGUUGCAAUGGCACUAUGGGGCGAGGGGCUCCGGGACCAGAAAGUGGUCUUUUUCUCGGACAACAUGGCGGUGGUGCAUGCGGUGAAUAAUCAAUCGGCUGCCUCUAAGCCGGUGGUUAGGUUGCUGCGGCGCUUUGUGUUGAUGUGUAUGUCACGGAAUGUUGUGUUUCGCGCGCGUCAUGUCCCUGGGUACCUGAAUGAGGUGGCUGACGCUCUGUCUCGUUUUCAGUGGUCCCGAUUUUGGUCGAUGGCGCCAGGAGCAUUGAAGGAAGGGGAGGCUUGCCCAGACGAGAUAUGGCAGCUGGGAGCGUCCUGCUUGGGGGACUUGUGAAGGCUUCACUGGCACCGGCCACAUGGGCCUCCUACAGUAAGGUCUGGGACUCUUGGGAACGAUCAUUAGACGGGUUGGAGCAUGGCUUACGUGGGGAUGCGCUGCGGGACGCUUUUCUAUGGUACACCUGCCAAUUGCUGGCAAAGGGGGCGUCCCCGGCAGUGGUCGACAGGUCCAUGGCGGCAAUGGCGUUCUGGUUCCGAUGGCGCGGGGCGGAGGAUCUGACUAAGACCUUCCUAGUACGGCAGGCGCUGAAGGGUUAUCGAAAGGGCCGCAGGACCUGUGACUCUAGGCGCCCGGUGUCGGUACGGGUAUUGGGGGAUCUGGUGGGUCGGUUGCCGGAAAUUUGUUUCAACGGGUUUGAGGUCUCUCUGUUCAGAGCGGCUUUUCUCUUGGCAUUUUUCGGGGCGUUCCGCGUGGGGGAGCUGGUGAGUGCCAGUAGGGUGGUGCCCGGGGGUCUGCAGGCCUCAGGGGUUCGUGUUUUGGAGGGUAAGGUGGUUGUGCAUCUGGGUAGUUCUAAGACGGACGCCCGUGGCGUGGGUAGGGACGUUACGCUAUGGGCUCUGCCGGGCGCAGCAUUGUGCCCGGUGGCUGCAGUGGCGGAGUACAUGGCUCGGAGGCCGGCGGUGGGGGGUUCCUUCUUGGUACAUGCGGAUGGUUCUUCCCUGUCCCGGUUUCAGUUUACAAAGGUUUUUCGGGCCGGGCUAGGUAAGUUGGGGCUUCCGGCCGGACGUUUUGGUACUCACUCCUUUCGCAUUGGGGCGGCCACGGAGGCCGCACGGUUGGGAUUAGGAGAUGAGGUCGUGAAGCGCUUAGGGAGAUGGGAGUCGGUGCGGUUCCGCUCAUAUGUGCGGUUGGGCUUAUUGGAAUAAAAAAAAAAAAAAAAAAGGUACAUGUCUGGGUAGGUAUAUGUUUAUAUAUGUGUAUGUAUAGAUAUGGUGCGGGGGUGGACAUGGACGGAGGAGUCCUCUUUUGCCUUUCCCUCAUGCUUGUUUUCUUCUUCUCCCCAGGACGGGUUGCUUGGAUUGUGGGACAUUCUUUUGUCUUCUGGGCCGGAGAGGAGGGCCGCAGCUCGAAUGCAGGGCCAGCAGCUGGGCUUUCCGAAGGACCAGUUGACAGUCCGAUGGUUUGGGUACAGGGGAUUUUGCUGGGGGGAGGUUUGUGGGGCUAUGUUUAGGAUGGUGGUGGGCGGGAGGACACCGGACAUGGUGGUCCUUCAUGCUGGGGGUAACGACUUGGGCCUCACGCCACAACGUCGGUUGGUAAAGUGGAUGAAGCAGGACAUCAACAAAUUGAGGGACCUGCUUCCGGGGGUUAUGUUAGUGUGGUCGGAGAUUGUCCCAAGGCGUCGAUGGCGGCACGUGCGGGAUCCGGUGGCGAUUGAUCACUGCAGGAAAAAGGUGAACAGCUUAAUGGCGAGCUUCGUUAGGAAGAUGGGAGGUGUGGUGGUACGGCACAGCGAGUUGGAGGAGGGGUUGCCGGGGUACUACCGCUCGGAUGGGGUUCACCUUUCGGAGGUGGGUUGGGAUCUGCUCAACUUGGGUUGGCAGGUUG